AGAAGAUUACCAAUGUCUUACAAACGCUUCCGGUGAGCUGAUUGGCUGAGGUUGAUGCUUGCAGUCCCAAGUCGUCUACGCUGUCUCUUGUUUACCUCCAUACUUUUUGGGAUUGUCCUGGACGGGACACACAGUGGCCAUUUGUACAUUUUGUGUUCGGGUUUCCUUUUUUUGGAGGAUUGGAGAGUAAACAUGGGAAACACCGAAGGGGCAACACUGGAGGACAUAACCGCCUGCGAGAGUUACCAGUGGUACAGGAAAUUCAUGACAGAGUGCCCGUCUGGACUGCUCACCUACUAUGAAUUCAAGAAGUUCUUUGGCCUGAAGAACCUGUCUGAGUCAUCAGAUGCCUACGCCAGGUCCAUGUUUUCAGCGUUUGACAUGAACAAUGAUGGCUGCAUGGACUUCAUGGAGUACGUUGCCGCUCUUAGCCUGGUGUUGAAGGGAGAGGUCCAGCAGAAGCUCCGUUGGUACUUCAAACUGUAUGACGUCGACGGCAGCGGGUGCAUUAACCGCGAUGAGCUGCUGCUUAUCAUUACGUCUAUCCGCGCCAUCAAUGGAACGCCCAACGAAGUGUCUGCAGAGGACUUCGCAGACAUGGUGUUCGACAAGAUUGACACCAACGGCGACGGUGAGCUGUCCUACGACGAGUUCAUGGGCGGGAUUCAGAAUGACGAGAUGCUGCUGAGAACCCUAACGCACAGUUUAGAUCUCUCCCACAUCGUCCAGAGGAUCCAGGGAGACGUGCCCUAGCUAAUUUGAAUGCCUCAUUGACUCCAAAUAGACUACACAUGUUGGCCUAUAUAGGCAACAUGUAAAAGUGCCAACGUGGGAUAUAUGCAGGAGUGUCUUUAGGACAAGCACAUAGUGCUGGGCUCCAUGAGAAGGAGGAGGAACAUGUGUUAAAACCACUGUCACCUUUUCAUGGUUUUGGGUUGACCAGGGAUGACAAUACAUCCAUCCGCAAAGCGUUCACUAUCGUUUCUUGUUCAAGCAGUAACGUAAACAUUGAAGUGCCUUGCAGUUUCUAGAAUAAUCUCGCCCUCGGUUGAUUUGGUGCAAUAAGUAUGUAAUCCAUGGGAAAAGGCAUUUGAAUGUGCAUCAACCAUCAAGUAUGUCCUAAACUUGACUCUGUAUACUAAGAAAUGUAUACUGUAGUGAAUGAUUUGAAUGUGUCUCAGGUAAGCCGACUAAAGAACACUUAUGUUAAGACUGUAUAAAGAAGAAAUGGGUUUUUCCAUGCUUAUAUGUUGUUUAAAAAAGGAGAGGAUUGCAACAUGUUGCGGUCCAUCAGGCAAAUGUACAAGUAUGCUAAGUGGAAAGUGCAAAUACUAUUGGCUAAACUGACAUGUCCAGACUUGAUGCACUCAGGGUAAGGCCGACAUGAUAACAUCACUGUAGGAUUGUCAGGCUUGCAAUGUUAUUCGAUUUUUUGUAUAGGCCUUCUCCCAACCAAUGCAAUCAACUUAAAUUAUUUAAAUAAUGCAAUUCUUUAUUUAUUAUUAGUUUGAGAAGGUUCAUUUUUGGAGAAAUUGCCUGUUCAAUGGAAAGUGCCAUCAAAUGUAACAAAAUAGGUAUUGAAUGUAGGAUAUCUCUUAUCCAUUAUAUUGCUUGCUCAUUAAACCUGAGCUAUUGAAGCUUU